CUAGCCUGUGGGAUCCCUGGGGCCUUGUCCUUAUUCCCCUAGCCUAAGACAGCUGGUGCCUCCGGUCACAAUGAGCAUUGUUCUCUCCAGCUCCACCUGGAAAACCUCUCUUGGAACCUCCAAGCCGACCAGACACCAAGACCCUCUGGCAUGGUCCUGGGCCAGAUCUGCCUCCGGCCAGAUCCUAUCAAUGCUGUCUUGCAGCUUGCCUGCCCCUUACCCAUUUGUUUUGGCGACUGGUUCCUCUGAGCGUCGCAAACUCGAGGGUGCCUCUGAACCCCUCGAUGUGUUUCUUUAAAAAUGCAGCCCUUAUUAAUAAUAACAGGGAAAUCGUGUGUACCCUGAGGCGAGGGCAUAUGGGAGCUCUCUGUAUUUUCCACUUAGUUUUUCUGUAAACCUAAAACUGGCCCCCAAUAAAGUUUAUUAAUUUUUUUAAAAACCUUCAGGAUUCGGAGAGGGGAGAGAAUUUCAACAGCUGGGCGGGGGGAACGGGGAGACAGAAUGAGGGGAUUUUGGAGGGAAGGGGCCAUUGCAGCUAGGGAUGGCUGGAAUACAGAAAACUCCGCCAGGAAGAUCAAAACCCCAGGAAGGGUCCCAGGGAGGGUAAGACUGGAUUUGGAGCCAAACUAGCCUUUGCAUUCCUGCCAGUCAUUUGACCAGCCUUGUGACCCUGCUGGUUUCCCAAAUCUGCCUUGACAGAACCGUGAGCAUUAUCAGGGGAAGGGGAGCAGACACCUAGCAGGGUGCUCGACAGCUAGGUGGGGGGUGAUGCAUGGGUGACCCCUAUGUCGCUGUCCUGACCUGCCUGGGUGUCAUGGCCUAGAAUAGCUUCUCAGUCCCCUCCUCCCCAGGGACAGCCAGGUGAGGGUGAUGGAGAAUACCGUGACCAAUGCCGAGAAGUACUUUGGCCAGUUCUGCUCGCUCCUGGCCGCCUACACCCGCAAGACAGCUCGGCUGCGGGACAAGGCUGACCAGCUUGUCAAACAGCUCACCGACUUCGCCAACACCGAGAACCCGGAGAUGCGGGCCACCAUGAGGAACUUCGCUGAGGACCUGGCCAAGGUGCAGGAUUACCGACAGGCUGAGGUCGAGAGGCUGGAGACCAAGGUCGUCAGCCCCCUGAAACUCUACGGGGUGCACAUCAAGCAGACACGGGCCGAGAUCAAGAAAUUCAAGCAAGUCCAGAAGAAUGAGAUCAAACAACUGGAAAAGCUGGAGAAAUUGAGGCAGAAGUCCCCUUCGGAUAGGCGAAUGAUCUCCCAGGUGAGUGCCCCAGGUCUGUCUGGGAAGGCAGGAUCCCGUGCAGGGGUGAACGACCUCGCAAAACAGCCCGGUGAACUUUUACCUGGGCAGGCAGAGACCAGUGUGCAGAGGGCCUCAGUGGAUGCCAGCCGUACCACCCACCAGCUGGAGGAGAUGAUCGACACCUUCCAGAAGCAGAAGCUGAAGGACCUACAGAAAAUUUUUUCAGACUUUGUCACCAUCGAGAUGGUCUUCCAUGCCAAAGCAGUGGAGGUCUAUUCCAGCGCCUUCCAGAUCCUGGAGAGCUACGACCUGGAGAGAGAUCUGGAGGAUUUUAGAGCCCAGAUGAAUGGGGUUUAUGGACAUUACGAUGCUCGGCCACUCAAGGAUACCAUGCCUUCCCCAGCUGUCCCGUGGGCUCUCACUGGCCAGAACGCUCAGACCACCAUACAGAACCAGAGGAGAGACGAGGAGAGCACGGAGCACUCUGCUGAGGAGGACCCUGUGGAGGACCUCAGGGGACAGGGGCAGGCACCCCAGCCAUAGGAUGGAGCUCCCCAGCCAGAAAGAUCACCCUGGAUGCUCAGGGCUGGGGGCUCUGCUCUCCCUCCCCUCCCCCGCCACCGGGUGAGUCUUGUAUCCUCUGAGCCUCUAUUCCCUCGUCUGCACAACAGGGACAAUCUUGCUCACCCCACAGGUCACUCUGAGGAUCCAUGGGCUUAGCAUGGUGCCUAAUACACCAGAGGU